CAUUCUCUAUUCGGUGCGGUAAAAUCCGAAUCAAACAAUUGACAUUAAUCAGAAUUUUGCUUCAUAUAAACACGUUAUUGUGUCCAUAAGAAAGUUAUUGUGAGUUCUGUGAGAUCCAGGCAGCAGUGCGAGAUGUCAAGCUUUCGAAGAAGCACACAUUUUUGGAGCGAGGAGGAGACAGAUUUCCUUUUACAAACAUUAAAAGAGAUGAAUAUAGAUCGUUAUAAAGACGGGCGUAAGAACCGCAACAGUCUCAUCUUUAGGAAGGUUUGUGCUAAACACAAACAGGCUGGAUUUGUGCGCUCAUGUGAUCAGGUGAAACACCGCUGGAAAACACUCAAAUCCAUUUACUAUAAGGCAAAAAAACUCAAUCAAACCAGCUCGAAUGCAGCUUUUAAGCAUUUUGAUACAAUGGAAGACAUUUUCGGACAUAGACCUUUGGUGAUGUCAAACCAAGCCGAAGUUGACAUCGACUUCAAAGUCGGACCCCCUCUGUCGGAAAGCAAAUGUUUCAUUUUUGAGGAUGGUAAAUGUGAUGAUGAUGAUGAUGACAAUGGAGUGGAUGAUGUGGAAGGUGGAAUUCAAGAAAUCCAGUCAGUGAAAACAGAAAAUGAACCCCUCAUCCUCACACAGCCAUCAAAUGAGAGCUCUGCCUCUACAGAAAGCCCCACAUCCACCCAACCAUCCAUUUCUAUAGAGAGCAACACCUGUACCCAGCCAUCCACCUCCCGCCAACCUCCUGUUCAAGGUAUGUUGAAACGCAAAAGACCUUGUUGCACUGCAUUGCAUGUGCAGUAUCAAGACUUUCUGGAAAGAAUGCAGCUGUCACAAAACAUAUGGCUGGAGCGUCAGCUAGAGCAGAGUUAUGCCCGUGAGGAACGGCUCAUUUCAAGAGUGCUUGCCGAACACACCCACUCUAUGGAGACCUUAGUGAACCAGUUGUUUGCUGGGUUAAGAAGCCUACUACCCCAGCCCCCUCCCAAUAUACAGUCCAAUCCCCAGCCCACGUACACACCCCCAGAUAUUCUUAAUACAUAUCCUCAUGUGAACCCAGACGAGCACUGGCCACCAGCAUGUAGCAUAAAAUCAAGCAUUCCUCCUCUGCCUGAAGAUCAUUUAAACAAUCAAAUAACAGAGACUGUCAACCAGUGAUCAAAGACUCUAUGGUUAGGGUUCAAAGACUCUGUCAGAACUUGUAAAAUAUUUUUAAUAUGCAUUUUAGGUUGUAUUUUGAGCCUCUAUUAGACUGGUUUGUAAAACUUACAUUUUAUAGAAAGUAUGGAUGCGCAUUAUUGAGUUAUUAUUGAGUACUUUAACCCACAAAAAACGAGUAAUCAAUUACUCUUCAAUUUAAAUAUAAGUUACAAAUAACAUGUACGUGAAAUUUAUAUUUUGUUUUAUUCACAAACUUAACUGAGAACGGUUUCAGAAUAAGAACUUCAACAAACUAUGCUUUUCUUUUGGGGAGCUUAUAUAGAAACCAAUACUGAUGGCAUUAGGGUAACCCACACAAAGUCUACAAAAGUCUACAAAAAGUCAUUUUUAUCAUUUCUCAAUCUUUUUUCAGAAAAAAGUGUUGAAAGUUGGCUUUUUAUAAAAUGCACUCUGUCGGUGAUCAGAGGUGUAAUGCACGUACACACAUACUGAUCUGAUAAGCUUCCUAGUUUCUUGUACCUUUUCACCCUAAAAGCAGAUCCUCGUCCAUUGGUUUGCAUGACUCCAACAAGAACCGAAUACAAAUAGAGUAGAAUUCAAGCAUUGCAAUUGAGCACAGAUGCUAUUAUAUCUUCUCUCAUCCAACACCUCGACAACACAUCAACAGCGCCCCUCAGUGGACUCAGUUUUAACUGCGAGAUUUGGUGAGAGAUUCAGAGGGAAAGUACUGUAUAAUUCAGUGUUGCCCAGAGCAGGCAAAUGUGUAAAGGAAAAUUUGCGAUAUUCAAGUAGUGUUUUUAAUAGAUGACUAGCUGGUGAAGAACGAGUGCUCGAGUACUCGUGCACGUCCCUAAUAGAAAGUAGAAGAAAGCAUUUCUUUUAAGAAAUAGUUCACCUCAACAAUACAAUUCUGUCAUCAUUUACACACCCUCAUGUCAUUUCAAACCCGCAUGAUUGUCUUUCAUCUAUGGAACACAAAAGGGGAAGUUUUGAAGAAUGUUCCCGCUGCUCUCGUCUGUACUGUAAAGGUGGAUGGUGAUGAGGUGAUAUCUAGCUCCAAAAAGGACAAAAUAAGCACCAUAAAAUUAGUUUAUAUGACUCAUGCACUAUAUGACAUGUCUUCCAAAGACUUUGUUAAAACUUUGUGUGAGGAACAGACUAAAAGUAAAUCAUUCACUGAAAAUCUUGCCUUGAAAAUCUUGUCAUGCAUCUGGUCACCAUUUACUUUUUUAGAAAAGAGCAGCUUAGGCAUUCUGCUAUUUAAAAAAAAAAUAAAAAUCUGUUUGUAUUCCACAGGAGAUAGAAAAUGAUACUGGAUUGGAUGGGGGUGAGUAAAUGAUUACAGAAGUUUCAUUUUUCCUUUAACAUUUAUUCAUUAAAAAAAAGACACCCAGUGAUGGUGAUUGUUGAGUUGUUCAAAAGCCAGGUCAUUUUAUUUUGCCUACCUUAGAAUUGCUGUAGAUGUUUUAGUCUGUGUUUUAAGUUUUUGUUGUUGUUGUUCCUUCUUUAUACCAGAUGGCCUCUAUAAAAUAUUGAUCAAAUGUUAAGUAAUGAAAAAAACACUUGAAUCUGUGUGUAAUGUAAUUUAUCAGCCAGACGAUUGUUUCAAAUUUGUGAAAUAAAAUCAAAUUCUCAGUUUUUCCAGUCAAAUCCUUUUUUUCUUUUUAUGAAAUUGUAGAAAUACAUUUUACUUAAGCACAAUUAAUAGCUUUGCAAAGCCUAUGAAAAAAUGUUUGUGUUUAAAAACUUAAAACAGUAAGUUUAUUUAUAGAUUUGUUUCAAAGAUUUUAAAAUGAAUUAGUCUAUAUGUUUUCUUUUAAGCUUGUUGUGGAUCUAUAUAAAUUCAGUUUACAUGGAUAUAGUGAACUAUUUUUUACCAGCAGCCAGUGUUUCUUCACACUGUGUAAAUGUGUUUAAGUUCUUCAUUCCAAGUGCAUACGCUAUCUUGAUAACACUUUACAGUAAGGU